AUGCUGACUGCUGUACUGACGGAUCCAGGCUGGAAUCCUGGAGAAGGCUGUUUUUAUAUUAAAGGAAGAAUAGUUGUAGUCAAAGUUGAAGAAGGUAGCGUAGCUGCUGAAGAAGAUCAAAUAGAACCUGGUGAUGUAUUAGAUGAACUGUAUGGCCAAAGCUUGUACAGGUGUAAUCGAAGCUUAAUCUCUUCUUUAUCAAACAAAUACCGAGGACUACCAAUUUAUUUGUCAGUCAUAAAAGUUUAUCAUGAUGGUAAAAUAUUUUUUCCUUUGAAACCACUCUUAGAAAAACUUGACAUACGAGAACUAGUUGAAAGGAAAUUAUCAAAAAAUAAUGAACCAUCUGAUGAAGUAAAAUCUGAGUUCACAUCUGGUUGUUUGGUUUUCCAGUUAUUACUAUUAGGCAGGUUUCUGGUUAAGAAUGAUGGUAGAGCUCAGAAUAUCGAAAUAGCAAUCAACAAAGCUCUGGAUAUUAAAUUGGAGCCAAAAGAUGUUAUAAUGGAGAUAACUGAAAGAGAUCUGAAAGUCAUUGAAAAGAAAGACAAUAAUGUUAUGCUGCACAAACAUUUUUCUGAAAUAUCUGCCUGUGGAAGAAAAAAGAUCUGUCCUGAAAUUUUUGCAUUUAUUUUUGGGAAUACCACAUGUACAAUUGCUAAUGAAUUCCAGUGCUUUGUAUUGCAGGCACCUUCUCAUGUUGAGGUUGGCACUAUCCUCUCUUCUGUUGCGCAUGGAUUUGUGAAAACACACUGGGAAGUAUAAAUCACUUUUGUUUGCACCUGGCAGGACUUAGUGUGAAUUGUAAUGAAUGUUAUAUGCUUUCUAUCAUGUGAACAAGUUUGUUUGGAUUUUAUAUAUGUAGUGAGCAGGAAAAAUUUUAAAACCAGUUUUCUUCAUAUUUUAUAAAAUGAUUAAAAUUUGUAUUUUUCAUAUUUUUAAUUGCCCUAAGUUUAAGUAUAGCCUCUUUUUUUCCUUUAUAUAUAUAUAUGUGUGUGUAUAUUUAUAAGAUAGAUAAAGUUAGAUUUUUGUAUAAGCAAAAGUAUGCAUAAGAGCAGACAAAAAUAGGAAUAAAAUUGUUUUUACCUUCAAAAAAGGAAUAUAUUCUUAUCCGUACUGAAAAUUAUUAAUUAACUAUGGCAGAGCACUCAAGAUUAUCUGCUGUUGAGAAGGAUUAUUUUCGUCGCAGCUAGACUAUAUUUAUGUAGCAUGUGGGACGAAAGGUUCUUUAGAAAUCUAUGUAGUCAGCUCAUUCAGCCACCGAGUUGAAUCUGCCUUUCGCUACUUGUGUUUCUUAUUUGAUUUGUUCAGUGUGAGCUACUCCCUACUUUGGGUUUAUUACUGUUAAGCUUGAUUAUUACUUUUCAUAAACUACAUAAUGAACAACUCAGUUAAUAGUAACUGUGUAUAGGGAAAAAAUAUUUUUGUGUGAGAAAUUAAUGCUGAAAUGAGAAUAAUAUGCUUAGUUAAUAAAACUAAUAAUAUUUUACUUGAUCUCCUCUUCAUUAUUAAAAAAAAUACAUUUGGAGGAAUAAUAUUGGAUGAGUUCUGACAGUUUCUUGAAGCCACAUCUGCAUAUCAUGAUACACCAUUUCAAAUUUUGAAUUUCUAAUCACUUUUUGAAGUUUUUUUUCCUUCACCUUUAAAUUUACAAUUAUAGAAAAUUUCUUAAUUUUAAGAAUUUUUUUUUUUUUUUUUUUUUUUUUUUAACUGGUGUGGUUGUAGAAAGUAAAGUUUUUUCUUUUUGAAAAAUUUUUGUUUGAAAAAAUCUGUUUGUUGUUUUUUCUGUUUGAAAAAUUCCUAUUGAUUUUGUUUUAUUCUAUAUUAUAAUCUCAGUUUAUCAUAGUAAGAAAUUUUUAUUAAAAUCAUAUAUUGCAAGAAUUUUUAACCCCACUCCUAUAAACGCAUUCUUUUGCAUGAUAUUGAAUCUUUCUGCAUUUAUUUCUUUCUUUAAGCUAAUAUUUUCCUUUCAGAAACGUCUCAGAAGGUUUGUGAUUUAAAGAUUUUCUUGCAAUUUCAUUCAAAAUCAUUUUACCAAAUUUUUUUAAUAUUUUAUAAAUACCAGAACACUUCUGCAUAGAAAAAUAGCAUAAUGCACAUGUUAAAAAUGCUUUCUGUGUGGUUGAAUAUGUGGAAGUUAAAAAAUGUUUUACAAUAUUGUAGUAAAAAUAAUAUUUCAAUAACUGUGAACUGUAAAUAUUUUACGAAAAUAUGAAAGUGGCCUUAAUUUGUUGAUGAAUAAAUAUUUUUUAGCUGGUUAAAAUAGUGAAGUUUCAGGUUAUUAGAUUUCAAGUUAUAGCUAUGUAUGCAAAACCUCCCUUUUCGUGGUUUUAGCAGCAACUGCUGUAAUAAAAAAAUUAAAUAAAAAAACUUGUACAGAUAUUUAUGUGUUAGCACAUCUCCUUAGCACAGUUUAAUGAAUUUUUGCAAAACAAAAAGAAUGAUGAUUUAUAAUUGCAGAAAGCUAUUACAUACAUGCAUGUUACAUUUUAAUUAGGUAUUUUUCUUGAAAAUUAAUUAAAAAAUAUACUCAUAAGUAGUUAUUAUUAUUAUUUUGGCCUGGUGGGAAUUUUGUGGUGAUCACUUUAAGAGCAGAUUCAUACCAUUUGUUCUUUUUAGCAAUUUUACUACAAAACGUGUUCCUUCAGAAAUCUUAUCCCAGCUUCUUUCACUACUAACAAAUCUCCUGAGUGCAUGUUUUAAAAUUGUCUUUCAAAAAAGUAAAUAAAUAAUAACGUUUGUUUAUAAAUACUAUUGGACCUUAGGUGCAAAUAGCAGUGUUGCAUGUUAAAAUUAAGCUAUGUGUAAUUCCCAGAGUUUGGCAUGUUUUGAAAAUUUGGCGACUUCUUCAACAAUAAUACAUAAAUCUUGUGCUAUUACGUAAGUAUCUUUCUACAGUCAACAAAAAACACUCUAUUAGUUUUUUUGCUUAAAUUAUCUUAACUAAUCCAGAUAUUCUGAGACGUUCUAGAAUGAUGUGGAGUUAAGGAACAAAUUUUAAAACGAAGAUUUAUUUUUCUCUUGUUUUUUAUGUAAUUAUUUGGAUUGAAAUGUGGUGUUCUUUAGAUUGUUUGUUUUAAAUUUAAUUACUGUUCUUUACAUUUAAUUAUUAGAUGAAACCUUUCUUUUCAUGAAAAUGCAAUUGCAAAUAUUUUUAAUGAAUUUAUUAUUAUGUAUAUUUUUGUGAUGAUA